UGAGUUACAGAAAGGGUAGCAAAGGAAAGGGAAAGAGAGGAGAGAGAGAGAGAGAGACAGAGAGAGAGAGAGGUAGGAUGGGAGCAGACGUGGCAUGCUGUGGUACGACGUUUUCACUAUACGUGGUCGUGAUCGUUGGGUUAGUAUUGUUUGCUGGUUUGAUGGCUGGGCUGACACUGGGCCUAAUGUCCCUUGGCCUCGUCGAUCUGGAAGUCCUCAUCAAAUCCGGCCGUCCUCAGGACCAGAAGCACGCCGCAAAGAUAUUUCCUGUGGUGAAAAAUCAGCAUCUAUUGCUAUGCACUCUUUUGAUUGGAAAUUCUCUUGCAAUGGAGUCACUUCCAAUUUUCUUGGACAAGCUUGUGCCUCCUUGGGCUGCCAUAGUGCUAUCCGUGACUUUGAUACUCAUGUUCGGAGAGAUACUACCACAAGCCAUUUGCACUCGCUAUGGCAUGGCUGUAGGGGCGACAAUGGCACCACUUGUCCAUGUUCUCCUAUUGCUGUUUUUCCCAGUUGCUUAUCCUAUCAGUAAGAUGCUUGAUUGGUUGUUGGGUAAGGGGCAUGCUGUUCUUUUACGGAGAGCAGAGCUUAAGACAUUUGUGGACUUUCAUGGAAAUGAGGCUGGAAAAGGUGGAGAUUUAACACACGAUGAGACAACCAUCAUUGCUGGAGCCCUUGAAAUGACUGAAAAGACAGCAAAAGAUGCAAUGACCCCCAUAUCCAAAGCAUUUUCUCUUGAUCUGGAUGGCACCCUUGAUGUGCAGACAUUGAAUUCAAUAAUGACAAACGGUCAUAGUAGAGUUCCUGUUUAUAUAAGAAAUCCCCGUAACAUAAUUGGACUCAUCCUGGUAAAAAGUCUGUUGACAAUUGAUCCUAACGAUGCCGUCCCUCUAAGAAAAAUGACCAUAAGGAAAAUCCCAAGGGUGUCAGAAAGCAUGCCUCUAUAUGAUAUUCUGAAUGAAUUUCAGAAGGGUCAGAGCCACAUAGCAGUUGUUAUAAAGUAUAGCAAUGAGAAAAAUGAUGCACUGAAGAAAACCAAAGAGGUGAAACUUGAUACUAAGUUGAAUGGUGAGAAGCCGAGAGAUGUAGCUGAUACAACUUCAAAGCAAGAACAUGAUGGUCUGGGCCAUGCUUCUGUUGACCAAAUCAUGGGGGGUAGAUCAGAGUUCAAUGAUUCUCAUGCUGCUGUCACAAGGAAGGAUGGAGAUCGACAGUUCAAUAAUCGGCCUUUGGCAGCUCCUGUGUUAAAAAAGCGACAUAGACGUUCAGAUUGCAUUUUAGAUGUUGAAAAUGCCCGUCUCUCAGAUUUUCCAUCCAAUGAGGAGGUUGUGGGUGUAAUUACCAUGGAGGAUGUCAUAGAAGAACUUCUACAGGAGGAAAUAUUGGAUGAAACUGAUGAGUAUAUAAAUAUCCACAACAGGAUAAAGGUCAACAUGCAAGCAUCUCAAAGAACAGCUCCUAAGCCCAACUCUUCUCAGCCUUCUCCUACAUUAUCAUCCGUUGCAUGCACUCCAACACCGGCCUCACCAUCAUCCAUAGCAUAUAAUCUUCCUCAACGGUCACCCACCUCCCCCUAUCUAACAGCUCCAGGACCCACACCAACACUCUCAAUCUCCACCGGAACUUCAGUGACAAACUCACCCAUUACAAUGCGUUUUCAAGAUUCUUCUGAAGGCAUUGUCCGGAGAGAGAGCUGAUGUCCAAGGAAGUUGGUUUUUAGUUUUUAUAUGACCUCCAGCUGCUUACAGAUAGAGCGUGUUGAAACACUAAAACCAGCUGCAGAAUCAGAUAGAAAAGCUUGAAGUGCUCGUCUGUGCUGGAGUUAAGCAAUAGAGUGCAGUCUCUUGUCGGGCUGCCAAGAAUGUUGUGUUGUCGUAUGAGUAGGUAAUGUAAACAUGACAGUUUGUAGUGUGAGUGAAAGUGAAAAAUGUCAUAUAUCUCAAGUCUGUAGUUGCAUGCAUUGGUUGUGCUUAUAUGUAGUUAGCUGAUUGUGAUUAUAUUUUCAAUUACAUACCUAAGUUGGACAAGAUGUUACCAAUGUAAACCUCAAUGGAAUAAGAGGAUGGCAUUGUUUUUCAUAAUUCAGAUAUUGGAAAAAAUUUCACUUGUUGA